AUGAACCAUUACCCCAUUCGGGAGUUGGGUUUCAGGGAGAAAAGGGCCCACCAGUUUGUGUCUUGUUUGCAUGUUGACACCGGUUUGCAGAAGUCUGUGACCGUUCCUAAGUACUGGUUGCCUCUUGCUAAGUAUAUUUUGGGAAAUGGGCCGCUGUCUGCAGUUGGCUUGUGCCACACCCAUACUCUUGGUCUGCAUACUCUCAACUUUGCUAUUCUCGGUUUGGGCAAAGACGGUCGUCCUACUACCAACAACCCUCCCAAUCCGAAAGGUGUGUUUUCUACUCUGUCGACCUACGCAACCCAAGCCAACAAAAAGCGUGGUUCGACUCGGGAGGAGGUUGCGAGUGAGUCUCCUGCUAAGAAGACAAAAAGAUUAAGCUCCAUACCAGCUCCCAAACCACUUUCCAUCCGUGCGCCUACUGGAGUUGUUUUCAAAACGACUCAUACUGCUCCUGACAACCCUGCUCCAAGACCUGUCUUCAAGACCGUCCAUACUGCUCCUGACAUGGCUGGAGGUUUUAAAAGUUUGGAUUGCGGUCGUGGUGCUGCCCUUACUGGCAGGCGUCCUCGCGAUCGUAACCAACCCUUCACUCGGGUGAAUCGGUCUCGAGUGGACGGUACUACGCAGCCUGCCCCUGAUAAGUCUCAGCAGAAGUCUCCUGAGAAAGGUUUUGAAUCAGCUGCCGAUGUGAACAUCGCAGGCCAAGGGGGUGAUGCUGUUGCGGAUGUUGAGCCGAUAGCCCAACCAGACUUGAUGGUUGUGGAUCUUAUGACUCCAACCCGUCAGAACCAAGAGCAAGAGGUAAAUGAUACUGAUGUUGCUGGUAUGGGCCAGAAGACUCCUCCUCUCAUGCCUCCUACUCUUCAUACUUCUUUCGGGUAUGUUCGCCCUAGCCAGAGUGCUGGUACCAGCUCUGGUCUGAACAUGGGUGUCUUUGUCCGUCCUGGGGAGUGGAUUGAGAAGACUCCGAUUUGCCUAUCCCCCAGGAAGAUGAAGUACUUUGAGGUUCCUCCUGGUGAGCCUGAUGAACCCUGGAACCCUAAAAUCGAUCUUCUUCGUGGUGAGUCGAUACUCACCGACGACUGCAAGGGGGUGGUUGUAUGGGUUGGAGGGCUUUGA